GCUGUUGGAGAUUGUGGGAAGAUUGUUCCUUGAUUGAUCUGAUUUCCUCCUUUCAUGGAGAAGUCGGCUUCUUUUAUAGACAUGAUUUCAGACUUCAAGGCCUCAAUUCAACCCUGAAGUCUUAUCCGCCGAUAUACAGUUAUCAGCUUGCUUACAUAAUACACUGUGGUCGAGGAUUGCUCGGCCAACUUCUUCAUGCCUUAUAUUUGGGCUGAUAUUCUGACAGUUGUGCGCCGCAGCUGGUAACUUCAGACAAACUCAGUCCUUGCCCGCAAGUCAAACCACCGCCAUACUAACAGUACUAGGUCCUCGCUGUCAUUGAUAUCGGACUAUGAAUCUGUACUUCACAUCUUCAUUUAUCCUCUUACCGCUCAGCCCCGCCAUUAGCGGCGGUGAAGUCGGCAAGAUGAUGGUUGUCUUCAUCGUCGGGUAUGUGGCGCAAUAUGUUGUCACGGCAUAUACCUCACGGCUGUUGCAGCUUGGCAUGGAAAAGGUGCGACGAAGCGAAUUUGUGGCGACUGAAGAUGAGGCUGAGUCUGAGACUGCAUCUGAGCGCAUGGCUGAGGACGACGAGAAGAGGGCUAGCGAGUCGAGUCAAGCGCCUAUGUUGAGUGAGCUGGGUCCUCAAGCUUUGAGGGUGCUUAGUGUGGAGAAGGGUGCGAAGAGGAAGGUCCAGCGUACGUGUCUCGCGCGGAUGCAACCACGAGAUAAGUCUUUAGCAUAGGUGAUGUUGGACUUUGUGAAGGGCUGGGAGGCGCAUACAUGGGCGUACCUGUUCUUCUUUGUGUUUAUCAGCAUACCCAUCUACUAUGCGACAGGAUAUACGAUGCCGAUCUUCCUGUCGCUGACGGUGCUUUGCUUUUUGAUGGCAGAUGCUGGCUCGGUAGUCUGCAAGGUUAAUCAUAUUCUGUACACAUAUGUCGUGUCUCGACUGUACUAAUGGCGACCCAGACUGUACCUAAACACACA